AUGUCGUCAUCACCGAUGCACCGGAAGCGCCCAUCCGCCGUGCGUGCGCGCGGCAGCAAGCGCCCUCGACGCACAGCCGCCGCCGCCGCCUCGGACGCGUCUGGGUGGGCGUCUCUGCACGCAGAUUUAGUUCGUCUGGUCGGGUGGAGGGUGCUGGCCGGCGACAUCCGGGACUACGUCCGAUUCCGCGCCGUCUGCCCCCACUGGCGGUCAAGCUCGUUCUCCCCGCGCGGCCGCGGCGUCGUCGACCCGCGGUUCUACCCGCGCAGGUGGAUGAUGCUGCCCGAGGGCCACGGCCUGUACCCUGGCCACGGCAGGCUGCGCGGGUACAUCCGCUUCUUCAACCUCUCCACCGGCGUCAUCGUCCGCUGCCUGCUCCCGCUUUUCAAGAACCACUGCGUCCUCGACUCCGUCGACGGUCUCCUCCUCCUGCAACGGGACGAAGACACGGCCAUCCGUCUCCUUCACCCCUUCACCGGCGACAUUGCAGACCUCCCGCCGCUCGCGACCCUCCUACGUCUUCCCGGAGCCAGCUUGACCAUCAACGAAAUGGCCCGGGCGUAUUUUAGAAACAUCGGUGCCACCUCCGUUAGUGUUAGGGCAGAUGGGGUCAUCACUGUCAUGAUUGUAAUUUAUAACAUAUCCAUGUUAGCCUUUGCUACCUCCAACUCCAAGGACCGUCAAUGGAAUGUUCCAAACUGGAAGCUCCCACCAAUUGGGAGGCUAAUAUCAUCCCAAGGCAAGCUAUACAUGAUGGACAGUCCCACAUUUGACACCGUUGUUCAUGGUGACACUCAGAUUUUCCAGAUCAGCCCGCCCGAGCACGAGGGGAUGGGAUCGGGUUCGUCUCCGAUGCCAUCAAAGAAGUUGAUUGCCACAUGCCCGGCCGGCAAAAUGCCUGCCCCUCAAUACCUGGCACAAUGUGACUCGGAGAUCCUCGUGAUUGGGUAUAAGGACGGAUUCUUUACACACCCCUUGGUUUACAGACUCUCCGACCUUGUUCUUGACAGGAUCGUCCCGGUAACUAGUAUCGAAGGCAAUGUUCUAUUCAUUGCUGAAAGGAUUCUGAGUGUGGGCCGUAGUGCCUUGCCGAACCUUGCUGGUGACUCCAUUGGAAAUGCAUUUGAGCUUUUUUUAGCGGCAUUUGAGCUUGAAUAUCCUGUUCACUCAAUACCAGAUGCUGUAUCAAAAUAG